AGAGCCCCCGGCUUCGGCGGGAAAGUUCAGUCGAUUCCAGAACCAUCUCGGAACCAGAGUUGCCCAGGGAAAGCAGCUAUGACAUCUACAGAGUGCCCAGCAGUCAGAGCAUGGAGGAUCGCGGGUACAGCCCCGACACGCGGGUGGUCCGCUUCCUCAAGGGCAGGAGCAUCGGGCUGCGGCUGGCCGGGGGCAAUGACGUGGGCAUCUUCGUGUCCAGGGUGCAGGCGGGCAGCCCGGCCGACGGACAGGGCAUCCAGGAGGGAGAUCAGAUCCUGCAGGUGAAUGACAUGCCAUUCCAGAACCUGACGCGGGAGGAGGCGGUGCAGUUCCUGCUGGGGCUGCCACCGGGCGAGGAGAUGGAGCUGGUGACGCAGCGGAAGCAGGACAUUUUCUGGAAAAUGGUGCAGUCCCGCGUGGGCGACUCCUUCUACAUCCGCACACACUUUGAGCUGGAGCCCAGCCCACCAUCCGGCCUGGGCUUCACCCGUGGGGACGUCUUCCACGUCCUGGACACGCUGUACCCGGGCCCUGAGCAGAGCCACGCGCGGGGAGGCCACUGGCUGGCGGUGCGCAUGGGUCGUGACCUGCGGGAGCAAGAGCGGGGCAUCAUUCCCAACCAGAGCAGGGCGGAGCAGCUGGCCAGCCUGGAAGCUGCCCAGAGGGCCGUGGGAAUCGGGCCUGGCUCCUCCGGCGGCUCCAAUGCUCGGGCUGAGUUCUGGCGGCUGCGGGGUCUUCGUCGAGGAGCCAAGAAGACCACUCAGCGGAGCCGUGAGGACCUCUCAGCUCUGACCCGACAGGGCCACUACCCGCCCUAUGAACGAGUGGUGCUUCGAGAAGCCAGUUUCAAGCGGCCGGUGGUGAUCCUGGGACCUGUGGCCGACAUUGCUAUGCAGAAGUUGACUGCUGAGAUGCCUGACCAGUUUGAAAUCGCGGAGACUAUGUCCAGGACGGACAGCCCCUCCAAGAUCAUCAAACUGGACACUGUGCGGCUGAUUGCAGAAAAAGACAAGCACGCGCUCCUGGAUGUGACCCCCUCCGCCAUCGAGCGCCUCAACUACGUGCAGUACUACCCCAUUGUGGUCUUCUUCAUCCCCGAGAGCCGGCCGGCCCUCAAGACACUGCGCCAGUGGCUGGCGCCUGCCUCCCGCCGCAGCACCCGCCGCCUCUACGCACAAGCCCAGAAGCUGCGGAAACACAGCAGCCACCUCUUCACAGCCACCAUCCCUCUGAAUGGCACAAGUGACACCUGGUACCAGGAGCUCAAGGCCAUCAUUCAAGAGCAGCAGACGCGGCCCAUCUGGACAGCCGAAGAUCAGCUGGAAGGCUCCUUGGAGGACAACCUAGACCUCCCUCACCGCGGCCUGGCCGACAGCUCCGCUGACCUCAGCUGCGACAGCCGUGUUAACAGCGACUACGAGGAGACGGACGGCGAGGGCGGCGCGUACACAGACGGCGAGGGCUACACGGACGGCGAGGGGGGUCCCUACACAGAUGUGGAUGAUGAGCCCCCGGCUCCAGCCCUGGCCCGGUCCUCGGAGCCCGUGCAGGCAGAUGAGCCUCAGAGCCCGAGGGAUCGUGGGAGAAUCUCGGCUUAUCAGGGGGCCCAGGUGGACAGCCGCCAUCCCCAGGGUCAGUGGCGACAGGACAGCAUGCGAACCUAUGAACAGGAAGCCCUGAAGAAAAAGUUUACACGAGUCCGCGAUGCGGAGUCCUCUGAUGAAGAAGGCUACGACUGGGGUCCGGCCACUGACCUGUGACCUCUCCCAGGCUGCCAGCUAGUCCGUCCUCCUUCUCCCUCCCUGGGACUGGGACUCAGUUUCCCAUACAGAACCCGCAACCCCGCCUCCCUCUGCCUGGUCUUUAAUAAACAGAGUAUUUUCACAGCA